AUGGUUAGCAUCUCGGCUUCGAUUGCUAUUCAAGCAAUCCUUCUCGGCUUGGCGUUCAUAACUCUUGUGCUUCGUGGCUGGGCACGUAUCCUCGCCCAACAGUCCGUUUGGGCCCUUGCCGAUGUGCUCGCAUGGGCUGGCUGGGUGUUCACCCUGGGAUGGUUCAUCUGCUCGACAAUGGCCCUCCAAAUCCUUAUCGACAACCCCGCCCAAACCAAGGAGCUUAUUGUCGAAUCGGUAGAAUACCUAAAGAUCGUCUUUGUGGCACAGUAUUUCUUCGACAUCGGCAUUUACUUCCCCAAACUUUCGAUCACGUUAUUUUACUGGAGUUUGAUACCAAGGAUUAUGGGACGAUUGAGGAAUGCAUUAAUGGGAGUUUCGGUUUACCUAUGUUGUUCUUUGGUGGCUACAAUACUUCUGGACACUUUGAUUUGCCAACCUAUCUCUGACAACUGGUCUAUCCCUAACCAGCUCAAGUCGGUGUGGAACUCGUAUACUGCUUUCGUCGUGCAGUGGGUUCUAAACUGGUCCACAGACCUGGUUGCAUUUCUGUAUCCAUUCUUCCUUUUGAAGCAUAUUUCACUCCGUAAAGAGCAAAAGCUGGCUCUCAUCGGUGUAUUCUCACUCGGCGCCAUCACACUUUCCGUUAGUCUUGCAAGAUUUGUCGCCUACAAUGCGACAGAUUUUGAACUCGAAGACGAGUCCGGCAAUAUCCUGUCUACCGCCGAAAUGGCUACAGGCGUCAUAGUCGUUUGUCUCCCAGGUCUUCGAAGAUUCAUCGGACGCAGCAAGUCACCCGUGCCAUCGUCAGGCCCAUCAGGCCCAUCCAGUGGUUACGUCCAAACAAUAGGAAACAAUAACACACAAAGAACUAGACAUCCACCAUCAGCUUAUCAGAAAUGGGGAGUCAGGGAUGACGAGAUUGGCUUGGUUACUGAGAUCCGCGCAGGUGAUUCAACAGAACUGACGGAUAUGGAGCGGAGUAGUGAUGGGAAAAGCGUAUAUGUGAGACAUAGUAUAACUGCCACAUGA